AUGGCGUCUCGCUGUAGAACCUGCUGCGCUUCGGGGGCUCUUCGAACAACCCAGCUUCGAACGUUUGCUCUAACCGCCUCCUCCUCAUCAUCAUCAUCGACCAUAGCACCAUCAUCCAAACCCAAACACCGCCGCAAACAUCAACCAAUCCGUCUAUCAACCCAUUUCUCCCCCACCCUCAAACCCUCGCAAACCUCGACGAGCGACUCCUCGCUGCUCCCCUCGCUCGAACUCCUCCUCCGCGGCGGCUACAUCCGUCCCUCCUCAUCCGGGAUCUUCACCCUCCUCCCCACCUCUCUCCGACUCAUCUCCAAAAUCCAAUCCAUCAUCGACACGGAACUCGCCUCGAUCUCAUGCACUCGUCUCUCUCUCCCCACUCUCCUCCCCUCCACCCUCUACCACGUUACCAACCGGUACACUCUCAUUGGAUCCGAACUGUACAAACUCCAGGAUCGCAAAAAAUCCGAAUUCCUCCUCGCUCCCACCCAUGAAGAAGAAAUCACCAAACUCGUCUCUUCCGAAAUCGAGUCGGAUCGACAACUGCCCCUGCGCCUAUACCAGAUCACGCGCAAGUUUCGAGAUGAGCCGCGACCAAGGAUGGGCUUGUUAAGGACAAAAGAGUUCUUGAUGAAGGAUCUAUACACUUUUGAUAAGAGUGAGAGCGAUGCGCUCAAGACUUAUCAAGAGGUGAGACGAGCGUAUGGCAACAUCUUUGAUAGCAUCUUUGGCAAGGUGCCAGCGUGGAGCGUCGCCGAGGCGGAUACGGGCGCUAUUGGCGGCAAUACGAGUCAUGAGUAUCAUGUCCAGGAUGCCGCGGGGGAGGAUACGUUGAUUUCGUGUGCCCAGAGCCUCUGUGGCUAUUGUGCCAAUAAGGAGAAGGCUGUUUCCUUGCCUGAGGCCCUGUGCGCGCCGGUCCAAGCCGAUGAUGUUAGGGUGCUGUUGUAUGGUUGUACCAAUGUCAAGGUGCAAGAUCAGGUGUUGCAUGCCUUUGUUGUAGCCAAGGCGAGGGAGUUGAAUGGGACAAAGUUGGAGAAGCUUGUGGCGAAGCUUAAGACGAAUGCUCAGCAACUCGCACCCCAGCAACAGCAGCAGAAAUCAGUGUCAAAAGCAAGCAAGAAGCAUGUCGUGCAGCAGGAAACAAAGGUCGAAUUACUCUACGAUUCCAGUCACAGUGGGGCAACACAAGGUGUGUGGGAUUGGCAAGAUCGUCCUGAAGGGCCGCUAGUCAGGUUCACUUCUUUGUCCCUUCUAUCUGACUUCGAGUGUGCUUCAUUGGACCCAGCGGAAUUGAACCAAGCCUUAACAGCUGCUGUUAACACUUUCGCAUCUCGUCCAACGUGCUCCUCUUCCUCCUCCACCGUCAAGUCCUCGGAUCAACUGCCACUAAUCGACCUUUUCCCAGCCCAAUUCGGUUCCUACGCCACCAACCCUACCCAAAUUGCUCCACCUUUGACGCUGGUCGACAUCCGCAAUGCAGCCUCCAACGACACCUGCCCCUCCUGUCGUACCCCGCAUUCUCUACGCGAGACAAAAGCAAUCGAAGUUGGCCACACAUUCUACCUCGGCGAUCGAUACAGUCGUCCUCUCGAAGCAGGUUUUCUCCCCAGCGCCGAAGCCAAAAAAGAAAACGAAGGCGUACACAAGCUACCCAACGGCAGAAUCCCCUUCCAGAUGGGAUGCUACGGUAUCGGAGUCAGUCGGAUACUUGCAGCCCUGGCGCAAAAGGCAGCCGCUGAGUUCGAUACGAGGUUCAAUGCUGGUCUCCUCCAAGGCUCAAAGAAGAGGCAUGGCUUUCUUUGGCCGACUCAAGUGGCGCCGUAUACAGCGGUGGUUGUUGUCGCGGAUGCCAAGGACCAAGUCAGAGUCAACGGUGCCAACGAGGUCUAUGAGCGGGUGGUGGAGGCUGCGAGGAGAGCGGAUUGCAGCGUGAGGCAGCUAUUGCAAUGGCUUGUUGUAGAGAAUGGUGGGCAGAGUGUUGAGCAAGUAGAAGCGGAGGAGGAGGAGGAGGAUAGUCGCAGGGGUUGGUCCAGCGAAGAAGCACACGAGUUGGUCAUUGAUGAUAGGCAAUCUUGCACUCUAGGCUCGAAACUGGCGGAUUCAGAUCUCACGGGAUACAGCUAUCGUAUCAUUGUCGGGAAGCAUUUCUCCAUCGCCAAUCCAGAAGAGGCUCGAGUGGAGUUGCAGUACAUCUCGCCUACAGAAAAAGGAGCAGCAUGGAAAUCCCUCCUCCUUCCACUCUCGGCUUUCGACUGGCACCCUACCUCGACUUAA